GUGCCCUACUUCCUCAUGCUGGCCAUCUGUGGCAUCCCCCUCUUCUUCAUGGAGCUCUCCCUGGGCCAGUUCUCCAGCCUGGGACCCCUGGCUGUCUGGAAAAUCAGUCCCCUCUUCAAAGGUGCCGGAGCGGCCAUGCUGCUGAUUGUGGGCCUCGUGGCCAUCUACUACAACAUGAUUAUUGCCUAUGUGCUCUUCUACCUCUUCGCCUCCCUCACCAGCAACCUGCCCUGGGAGCACUGUGGCAACUGGUGGAACACAGACCUGUGCCAUGAGCACAGAGGCCCCCAGGACCGCAACGGGGCACUGCCCCUCAACCUCACCAGCACUGUCAGCCCCAGCGAGGAGUACUGGAGCCGCUAUGUCCUGCACAUCCAAGGCAGCCAGGGCAUUGGCAGUCCUGGGAAGAUCCGCUGGAACCUGUGCCUCUGCCUACUGCUGGCCUGGGUCAUCGUCUUCCUCUGCAUCCUCAAGGGAGUGAAGUCCUCGGGCAAGGUGGUGUACUUCACGGCGACGUUCCCCUACCUCAUCCUGCUCAUGCUGCUGGUCCGUGGAGUCACCCUUCCCGGAGCCUGGAAGGGUAUCCAGUUCUAUCUCACCCCGCAGUUCCACCACCUGCUGUCUUCCAAGGUGUGGAUCGAAGCUGCCCUGCAGAUCUUCUAUUCUCUGGGUGUGGGCUUCGGGGGUCUGCUCACCUUUGCCUCCUACAACACAUUCCACCAGAACAUCUACAGAGACACCUUCAUCGUCACUCUGGGCAAUGCCAUCACCAGUAUCCUGGCUGGGUUCGCCAUCUUCUCCGUGCUGGGCUACAUGUCUCAGGAGCUGGGCGUGCCUGUGGACCAAGUAGCCAAAGCAGGCCCUGGCCUGGCCUUUGUUGUCUACCCACAGGCCAUGACCAUGUUGCCCCUGUCACCCUUCUGGUCCUUCCUCUUCUUCUUCAUGCUGCUGACCCUUGGCUUGGACAGCCAGUUUGCCUUUUUGGAGACAAUUGUGACGGCUGUGACGGACGAGUUCCCAUACUACCUACGGCCCAAGAAGGCUGUGUUCUCGGGGCUCAUCUGCGUGGCUAUGUACCUGAUGGGCCUGAUCCUGACCACUGAUGGGGGCAUGUACUGGCUGGUCCUUCUAGACGACUACAGUGCCAGCUUCGGGCUCAUGGUGGUGGUGAUCACAACAUGUCUUGCCGUCACCCGUGUGUAUGGCAUCCAGAGAUUCUGCCGAGACAUCCACAUGAUGUUGGGCUUCAAGCCGGGCCUCUACUUCAGGGCCUGCUGGCUGUUCCUGUCCCCUGCCACACUCCUGGCCCUACUGGUGUAUAGCAUCGUCAAGUACCAGCCUUCUGAGUACGGCACCUACCGCUUCCCGGCCUGGGCUGAGCUGCUGGGCAUCCUCAUGGGUCUGCUGUCCUGCCUCCUCAUCCCGGCUGGCAUGCUGGUGGCCGUGCUGCGAGAGGAGGGGUCACUGUGGGAGCGACUCCAGCAGGCUAGCAGGCCGGCUAUGGACUGGGGCCCAUCGCUGGAGGAGAACCGGACCGGCAUGUAUGUGGCCACACUGGCAGGGAGCCAGUCGCCCAAGCCACUGAUGGUGCACAUGCGCAAGUAUGGGGGCAUCACCAGCUUCGAGAACACCGCCAUCGAGGUGGACCGCGAGAUCGCCGAGGAGGAGGAAGAGUCCAUGAUGUGAGGCAGGAGGCCGAUGGACAGGUGGCCCAGCCCAGGGACCACGAAGGGCAGUCACUGUCCUCUAGGGUUGUGGGAGGUGGUGGCAGGUUGCUGUGAUGCAAGUCCCUGUUGGAUCUCUCCACACACAUACACAUACAUGCUUACACACAUGCAUACACUCCUAGAUACACACACAUUCAUACUUGUACACAUGUACAUGCACACAGGUGCACCCAUUCAGAGCUGGGGAUGACCCACUUUGCAGAUGGACUUAC